UAUCAGCAUUUAGUUUUGUUCUUUCGAAAUUGUUCAAAUUUUUAAAUUGAGAUGGUGGAGCAACAAAAAAAGCGCCUGGAGGGUGCCAUCAGCGAAAUGAUCGAGGACAUGUACCGCACCCACUUACGAAGAAUGCAGUCCACGAUGCACCGCUGUGCCGCCCGCUGCUGCGACGAUGAUCGAGGGACGCUGGAGAGCGUACAGAACUGCAUCGAGAAGUGCGCCGGACCCCUGAUGGAUGCCCAGGACUUCCUGCAGCACGAGCUAGGCCAGUUCCAGAACCGCCUGCAAAAUUGCGUCAGGGACUGCAACAGCGAUGCGAGGUCCCAAAUGCCCAGCAAUCCGAGUGACCGGGACAUGUCCCGAUCCCAGCACAUGUUUGAGAGUUGCACGAACAACUGUGUGGACAAGUACAUAAACCUGAUUCCUGGCUUGCUCAAGUCCAUCAAGCAAACACUGGACAGAGGUCCACCGAAAAGAUCACGCAACAUGGAUGCCUAACCGAGAUACAAUCCGCGGGAUCGCUAACACUUAAAAUACACUAAUCGGAACUGCGAUCCGGGAUAGCUCAUGGAAUGAUUACUUAUCAACGGCAACGUGGCCCUUGCUCUCCAUUUUUGAUUGCUUAACUCCCGGAUCUUCUUGGGCCCUAGCUCAUUAAAUAUCUAUUAAUAAAGAUUCUUAGUAAUAUGCAACAAUACGAGAGGCUAUAUUUGAAGAUCUUGA